AAUUGGAACGCCGACUGAGAGCCAGGCCUAUUCAAGAAGAGUGGAGGCUGUUAUAGCAGCAAAUCGUGGACCAACAUUAAUGCCCAUGAUUAAUAUGUGUCCACAUACCUUUGGCCAUGUAGUGUAAAUGUGAGUGAUUUAGCUACUGUGAAUGUGUCAUCCACAGGAUUCAAAGUAGGUUAUAUUGACAAGAAGGUGACCAAUGAAAGGAUAGAAAUGGGUUAUCAUACUUGAUACACCGUGUGAAUCAUGACUUGUGUUUUUUGUUUUAGAAAUCAAUGUUUUAAGCUACAAUGUUUCUUUAUUUGUUUAAGAACAAAAACCUGAACACUGAGCCAACUUCUAUAUAACAUAGCUCCUCCAAACGUUAUACAGUUUGAUUUUGUCUAAUAAAUAUAUUAAUAUUGUUAUAUUCAUGAUCAACUUUUAUUUGUGUUUUUUCAUUUGUCAAGAAGACCCUACUGACAACUGAAGCACUACAAUUGUAUGAAUGAUUUAGAAACUGUACAGUAUAUAAUCAAGUAUUAAAGUGAUGAUGCGAUCAUUAACUUAAUUUUGAAAUAUUUAUACGAAGGCUUUGAUCCAUGUUUGUAAUAAAAGAAAAUGUCUUUUGAUUUUGAUUCAUUUAUUUUUGGGUAAAAACUAUUGGUACAGUUUAGAAAUCCAAGAGGACAAAAUACACUUAUUUCCAAAGCGUUUGUCUGACUGUUGUAUUAGUUUAUGUUUAUAUGUGGAGAACUUGUUAGAUCACGUGUGUAUGCUAAUCAUUAAAUCCCCCUAUUAGCACUCUAUUUGUAGCCAAUGUGGAAUUGCGAGCUAGUUGGCUGUGUGCUAGAAGAGGGACAGAAGCCAUACUGUUACCUAUCCAACAUGUAGCAGCUGUCGUCUUGACAUGACCAUUAAAAUGGCUUCAUGGAGAUGUAGUCUCACGUUACCAUAUCCCCAAAAAAUGUGUCCUAAUAGCACCCAAUCCCUAUGUCGUCCACUACUUUUGACUAGGGCCCAUACGGCUCGGGUAAAAAGCAGUGCACUAUAUAGGAAAUAGCGUGCCAUUUGGGAUGCACACCAAGUAUCAUUAAUCACUCUGCUAUUUCCGAACGAAUGUGAAGAAGCCUGUGUAUUGAGGUUAAUGGACAGGAGGCCAAGAUCGCCACCAUUUGGGCACAAAGCUACAAUUCUCAUUAUUGUCCUAUAACCUUUAACCUGGUCACCUCAAUUCGAAUAACAUUCUACAAUCACGAUGCUUCUUUUAUGUAGACCCGUCCAGUUGUCUUAGUUCAGUGUAUUUUGAUGAAAUAUCCUAGCAAUGCUUUGAUGGUAACAUGAUUUGGAUGUGAUAAUAAUAGCAGAGAGAGGACCCUGCCUGGCAUCACUGAGCUGUUUAUAACACUUGAGAGAGAUCUAUAGUCUAGUAGACAUACACUCUGGGGAACUGAGAACUUACUCUGGAGCCACUUCUCUCCAACCAAAUGAGGUACUUGGAUUUGAAUUGGACUGAUUUGAAUUGAUUGAGUUGAACUGAACUGGAUUGAUUGGACUGAAAUGGACCCUUGCUGAGUAAUCUGGAUUGGAUCAAGGUAUACAGACAGGAUCUCUAUGGGAUGAGCUGCUUGUUGUUUUUAUCAUGGAGAAGACUGGCCUAAUGGAAAUACUCUUCAUUACUUUCAAUCACAACGUCACUUUUCUGGGGAAGACAUGGUUGAUCUUGAUGGUGGUCCUGAGGUUACUCAUCCUCCUGUUCUCUGGCUAUCCCCUCUUCCGGGACGAGCAGGAGCACUUUGUGUGCAACACCAUCCAGCCGGGCUGCACCAACGUCUGCUUCGACUGCUUUGCUCCCCUCUCCCUCUUCCGCUUCUGGCUGUUCCAACUGAUCAUGCUCUGUCUCCCUCACCUGAUGUUCAUCUCUUAUAUCAUCCACAAAGUAUCGUCAACUCUCCAUAUCAGAGGGAACUAUUUCUCUGGGAGCAGAAGUCAGACCGGAGCAGGCACUCUGUGCACCCCUCUACACGCUCUACCAAAAGGAACACCUAACUUUGUAAGUGCCUAUCUUCUGGAUGUGAUACUGCGGAUUCUGCUGGAGGCAGCGUUCAGUGCCGGACAGUACUACCUCUAUGGCUUCUCUGUCCCCAGGAGCUUCCAGUGCUAUGAAUUUCCCUGUACGUCCAUGGUGGAGUGCUACACAUCCAGCCCCACAGAGAAGACCAUCAUGCUCAACUUCAUGCUGGCGGCAGCCUCCCUCUCUCUGCUACUGAACUUGGCAGAUCUUGUGUGCUCUGUGCAAUGGAUGGUGACACAGAGGACCAGGAGAAAGGGCAGACGGUUGAUGAAAGGUGGGGUUGGGGAGGACAUGGAAGUCCUGUACAACCAGAACCACAAGACCCCCAAAACUGUCCUCAAGAGAGGACAAAGUCACAUGGACAAACCAACCUUGAACUGUAACCCAAACGGUGACCUUUCACACAGAAGAGUCAGAAUAAAUGAUGAGACUCGCGUUAGGGUGGUUGCCCAACCACUGCAGGGGAGCAGGCUUCCGCGGAGGGAUGCAAAGAUUGAGCCGCCAUUUCACCCGAUUCCUAUGGGGGCUCCAUGGAGCGGGCACUUCGUUCAUCCCAGCCACAUCUCCCGUUCAUCUUCCGUCCCUCUCUCCCGGCAGUUAGAGAGAGACCCAGUAGUAGUGUCACGCCAAUUUACACCCUCACAAAUGUACAGUGGUCGGAGGCAUGGCCAGUCCACCAUGGUAGACGCAACACUCCUGGAGCAGCAUCAUGAUAGUGCAGAAUCCCGUGAUAGGCUCCUGGACGACAUCAACCUGCAGGAAGUAAGGGGCUCCUCAAGCUCUUCCAGUGAUUCUUCUUCCUCAUCAGAUGCUCAGUAAAGUAGAUUGUUUUAUUUAGACCUAUGUAAUUCUAUGCGAAGCAGCAACACAACAAUGGGAGAGCUGUGUUUUUUAGUUCAACUCUGAUGAUUUACUCAUUACAUACACUUAAAUUAAUUUUUCCCCCAAAUUGUAAUAAUAGGCUGCGUUGCAUUUUGCUGUUGUGACUUCACACUUUCAGCUCUACAAACGGAAUGUGUUCACUGUAUGUGUUAGCUAACAGAAUUAUAAUGGGUGAUCCAAUUAAUGCCAGUUAGUUGACCUUCAAGAGCUAUGAUGGGCGCACUCCGCUGGUGUUCAGCUCACACGGUCUUUCAUUGGGUUCCCAAACAACAGUCAGAGAAGACUGAUGUGCUCCGACUCAUCAGAAGCUAAGACCACUUGGAGAACUGAGGGAAACAAAGGAACAUUACUCCUCUACCAGGGUGGCAGGUAGCCUAGCGGUUAAGAGCGUUGGGCCAGUAAUCGAAAGGUCGAAUCCCUGAGCCGACUAGGUGAAGAAUAUGUUGAUGUGCCCUUGAGCAAGGCACUUAACCCAAAUUGCUCCUGUAUGUCACUCUGAAUAACAGUGUCUGCUAAAUUAAUAAAUUGUAAAUGUCAGGAGGGGCUUUGCAGGAGGCCAGUGAUGGAAAAGUUUAGGUGAAUGCAAGCCUACCUACUGUCAACAAUGCUGUGGAUGUCAGCUCAAGUGUAAAUGACAUUUAAAAGUCAAACACAAUUCGCUGCUCUACAACGUGCCUUGGAUUCAAUCCUGGCCGAAGCAUUUGUGUGGUUUUGAGUGUAGGGGAGAGCCAUUUGUUACAUUCAGCAUCACCCCUUCAAGGGAAUAUAGUUUUAUUUCUAACAAAGAUAUUUACAUAUAUUUCAGUAGGUUGUGCAUCCCUGGAAAUAAUUUUAAAAACAGUUUUGAAACCAUACACUAUAUAAUACAAAAGUAUGUGGACCCCUUCAAAUGAGUGGAUUUGGUUAUUUCAGCCACACCGUUGCUGUAUAAAAUCAAGCACACAGUCAUGCAA